AUGGGGAAAGCAAAAGAUGAUCAGGAAAAUAGUGAAGCUGAAAUUACGGCGGAUUGUGGUAAGGAUUUAUACAGAAUGGAGAACGGAAGGGAAUGAAGUGGUUCAGGAAAGACGAUUCGCGUCGUCGAACCGCCGAACUGGCCGGCGCCUCCGAUGGAGAUCGGAGAGAAACGAAUGUUCAGAAGAAUAUUCUUCUGGGGAACUCUCAUCGCCCUCGUUCUUAUCUCCUUUGUGCGUUUUUUAUUUUGAAGAAGUUUCGAGCACAAAAAAGGAAUUUCACGACAGAUUCUUCAACAGAUUUUAAAACUUUAUGAAACAGCAUAGUGCGAAAGGGGGAAAGUUGUCGCAGCGAAAAUCUCUUUUCACUGGUUAUUUAAAUCCGAACCUCUUUGUAAAUGCGUCUCAAUUUCUGCAGUUUUUAAACGUAGAACAGCUUUUAAAAUGUAGCAAAUUGAAGAAGAAAGUUUUCAGAUUGGUGCAACGACGUUGUAUUUUGCUAUACAGUGGAUGUCGCUGACAGAAUUAUUCGGAUUCUGCAAUCUCGCCACUUUUUUCUUCUUCAAUUACUUCACUCUGAACAAUUUUGUGCGGGCCUCUAUUGUAGGUCCCGGAUACGUCCCGCGCGGAUGGCGUCCCCAAUCGGUUCGGCUUCCAUUAGUCAAUCAGUUCAAUUUGUCGGAAAAUAGUUGCCUUUUCAAUUUUCCGAAGCAAAGUUUGUGGAAUAGAAAUGGGUCUUGAAGACUUUGUGCAAAGUUUCAAAUUUAAUGGCUAAAUAUACAAGUUCUUGUUGAAAAAGUAAUGGAAAGGAUAUUCACAAGUUUUGAUACGCUAACGAUUUUGUUUUGGGCGGAAAGUUCAAUUUUCUGUUUAAAAAAAAGCUUUCUACAGGCUUAAACCACCUUCAAAUCAAUUCAAUUUUUUUAAUUUGGAAAUAAUAGAGAUAAAUACAAUUAAAGAAAACUUUUCUCUGGGUAACCCUUCUUCAUUGUUUUUUUUUCUUCUAAAAAGUUUAACUUUCACUAUGACGCGAUUUGAAAUCGAAAAUGAAGUGCCCACUACCUUUUAAUCUAGCGCUAGACUAGAUCCAGUGUUCAUGAGGAAAAUGUUUUUCUUACCACAAGUUUUCUGAAUCAUCAGUAAUUCCCAAAUUUUCGUUUUCUAUCACAGGUGGCUUUUUUGCCUCAAUCGCAUUAGCUCAUUAAAGAGUCAAGGCUCUCUUCGCGGUAGUUCAACACAGAGACUUGCAGAAGGAAGCCGAGGGCCGUCUGCAGUUCUGCGAGCCGUGUGGAGGAUACAAGGCGCCUCGGUCUCACCACUGUUCGAAAUGUCGCCGCUGCUGCAUGAAGAUGGAUCACCACUGUCGUCAGUUUAAUCCAUUCUACAUACGCAUCAAAUUUGCCGCGUCAGCGAGUUAAUGGAAACAGGGGCUCGAAAUUUUCGAAUUUAAGUGCUUUCUGGUUUCGAGAUUUCUCAAUGAAGAGUAUUGACCACAUCCAAAGUUGAUAGCGAAGGUAUUGUUUUUAGGUCCCUUAUGGUCUUCCACUUUUUUUUUCUGAUACCAGUAACCGAAAAAUGUAAAUAUUUUCGAAACGUAAUGGAAGAAAGUUUUUUUUUCCAAGCAGAAGGAAAGGAUUUGAAGAAUGGUUUUGAUCGAAGGUUUGUCAUACUGCAGGGGAUUUCCCUUGUUCAGACAUUACAAGGUGACUUCUUAUCUUUUUUAAUCCUUAAUACAUUUUUCCAAAAAGUUAGGAUUAAAGGAGGGUAAUUAAUACUACAAGUAGAACAGUUUCUCUAUUACAGCCUGGAUAAACAAUUGUGUGGGCCAUCGGAACCACGCCUAUUUUGUUCGGUUUCUCGGCGGUGCCAUUUUCGGAUGUGUUCACGCCUUCACCAUCCUUUUUUUCACCGUAUACUACGCUUUCAACGUGGUAGUGUUUCCCUUCUAAUUGGAUGAUUUGUUCCAAUCCUUCGUCAGAACUACUAUAUUAUGUACGGGGACGGAACGGAGCCGCUCAUUUACAUGGACCUUUUCGGGUUUUUCGCGCUUGUCGCCGCAUUGGCCUUUUCUGCAGGCGUUGCAAUUGCUCUCACCAUUCUCCUUUAUUUUCAACUGAAAUACAUUCUGAAAAACAAAAAUAGCAUCGAAGAGUACAUUGGUGAGUUGGAAACAAGACAAUUUGGUCUUUGAACCUUUCUUAGAUCUGAAAGCGCAUAGCAGUCGCGACGAUGAUGAACAUUGGGUUUAUCCUUACGAUCUUGGCUUCAAGCGCAACUUUCUCGAGGUGCUCGGCUCAUUCAGAGGAGAGUGAGUUAGAAACCUCAAUUUUUUUUUGUAUUUUCAUCAUACAUGCACCAGGGUUGCACGGAAGAUAUUUGCGGAACUGCAGUUGAAUCAAAAUUUUUGAAAGAGAAAGUUUUUUUUUCGAAAUGUUGAUAAUAGUGAUGUUAUGUGCAUUUGGAAGUUACAUAUCGAAAAGUUUUUUUCUAUAGAGGGCACCAUUAGUUACAAAAAGUCCGAAAUCAGCUUUACCGAAGGAACUGCUAUUUUCGGUUGAUUCUGAACGAUGAGAGCUUAAUUAAAAUACAUUUUUUGAUUUUUAUCUUCCAAACACUCCUUGGUUAACCAUCAUCAACUUUUUACGAUGAAAAAACUGUACUCUCCAGAAAUUUCCAUCCAUUUCGCAAAUCUCUUCCGUUCAUCACGGACAUGCAAAUGUCUAAAACUAGAAAACCUCAGAAAAAUUUCUUUCAGAACAUGGGUGUGGCUGGUUUAGAUACUUUUUUUGCAUUUUUUUUUUGUCAUGCACGUCGUUUCCAAAUCUAGAUUCCAACCCUGAGGAGUUUUUUUUCUAAUUAUUAAUAGUAUUCCAAAUUAACGAUGCAUUUCAAAAGUUCAUGAUUUAGGAGAAAAUUUUUCCCAGGUCGACUAGCGAGUCUGUCAAUAAUCUUCCUACCUAUAAGCAUUCCAUUUAUUGAGAUUAUAGCCAUGAGACUAGUAAAAAAUAAAAGAUCUUAGGAGAAAAAUAACGAUUUCGUCUCAUAGCCAGCCCCUUUAGCUCAGAAGGUUCACGCGUAAAUUUUAAGUUUCGAACUUUUCAUUUUCUAGUCGAAUAGUACUUUUGAGUUCAUGACUAUUUCCUGCGUACAGCCGUACGUAGGAAAAUAACGUAGUUCAAAAGGAGGUGUGGGUUUUCCAAAAUUUUCAGCAAUUCUAGACCUUUUUAGUGUUAAAAUCAACUUUUUAACGUAGAUGUACUUUUUGGAUCCAAUUUAGACUACUUGAGAUCAAGGUUUUGGGCCGUGAGAAUCGGCCCGUUUUCAUCUCUAUGACUUCAGGACGAAAGGCAACGGAACGUGGUGGCCAGUGAGAGAAGGAAGCGACCAAUUUACGUUCACGGCAAGUCGAAAUCGGGUGCUCCGUCUAUCGGGAGACUUCAGGAGGAGCAGUUGCGACUGAAGCGCUGGAAACAGGAACACUCGCGGGUCGUCUCCGUUCUGAAAGACUUCCCAGGCGGGUUCUGCGCUUCUCGCGUCUACGGCUGGCGUGUUUUCUUACGACAGCCCUUGAUCGACGGAUCCACCUUGCCGGUGUGUCUUCUGUCAACUUCUUCCUUCUAAUAGAAAGUGCAGAUGAAGACCGGCGAUCGGCUCGUGUGCACUCGGGGAAGCAAAGAAUGGCUCUAUGGAUUCGUCGAGACAGAUCCUCACGUCAAAGGAUGGGUGCCGCGGCAGAGCACCGACCUAGUUCAUCUCAAGAAAUCAGAGUGAAACUCGCUGGUCAUCUUUUUUUUUUUACGAUACUCAAAAAGUGUCUAGAGUAUUGAAUAAUGUCAACUCAAACACUUUAACUUUCAACUUCAAGUUUUUUUCAUGUACUAUAUCUGUGAUAACUUCUUCUAAUUUUAAUUUAAACCCGUUAAUCUUUGUGAAGUUGAUCGUGUUUUUUUUCAAUCUCAUCGAAUCAAAUACGCGUAUUGAGGUUAUUUCUAAAACAUUAUUAUGUCUUUACUCGGGCCUCAGUAAUUUCUGCACCGAAUUACAAAAAAAUGAUAAUAAAAUUUUUAGUUUUUCAGGAAAGGAUGUCAUUCUUUUUUAAUGUCAUCAAAUGAAAAAUUCCAAACUUUUUUUGCGUGAAACUCUUUCUGAAGAGCUGUAAUUUUCUCUUUUCAGAUAGUUUUUGUUGAGGUUUACUUUCGUUGAGAGCGCUCUUCUACCGAAAAAUGAUCUGAUUGACCUCGCAUCAAAAAGUCGUGUUCAGUUUAUCCGAAACGUAAUUUUUAGAACUUUUUUUUUCAGAAAUUAGAAAACUGAAAUCGGCGAGCAUUUUAUUCGUUUAUUCGUGUUCAUAAUCACUAUCUAUGAGAAAAAUUUUUCGACUUUCACUUUUUUUAUAUGAAAUAUGUUUUUUUCGGAUUAGACUCGAGAGAAGAGAAAAAAUGGAAUAAAAGUGCUUUUGAGUAUGUUCAGGUUCCAUGCAGAGAUCGAUUGGGCAAUUAUGGAGAAAGAAAAAUUAUCCUCGACGCAGCCGUUUAGUUCUCACUUUUCGGCUCGCUAUGUUUUUCCAAAAAGGUUUUUCUUCGAUCUAUCCUUAUUUUAAAGUCUUUACAAUCUUUGAAAGUCUUCACUGUGCUCACAUGACAAUUAAAGUAAUAAGGAAACAUUUUUUGAAAAUAUAGAAAAGCUGUAACUUUGUUUUAAUAUAAUAUCCAAGAAAUGAGAAAGAAGAAAUGUUUUCAAAACAAUAUUGCGUAAUGAAAAAGUAGAGUGACCGUAUAAACACUGAAAAAAGACAGCUGAAUCAAAACUAAAAUCUCAAUGGAUUUUCGUCAUAUCCAAGUAGUUCUUAUGGUAUGUUUGUAUUUUAAGCUGAUUUCCGUCUGGUAAAAUAGAUCAUGAUGCGCUCUCUCAGCUGAAAUAAUCAGACUUAGUAAAACUCGGGAAAACAAGCUUAUUUAAAAAUCCAAAGUUGCGAAACGGAGCUCCAAGAAGAGCAGAACAAAAGAAGUCUCCACCCAUCUGUGCGGUCUGAGGCCCCGCCCUCCGCUACUCAAAUCGCCUGACUCACGUCUCUUUUGACGUUAUCGAUUCUUUGGGUUACGGUGCCGAGUUGUUUACCUGUUUCGAGAUAAAUAAAAUGGAGGCUUUUCCACUUUUUGAGACAUUUUUGCCAAAGGCGAUCGAUUUUCGGCGCCGCUCAAUUCGAUUCAUUUCAAUCCUGUUAACUUUUUUUCUCACUUUUCUUUCGGGUCUUUUGUAUUCGCAGUGAUUUAUUAAUAUUUGAAAAUCGCUCUUCUAAGAUUUGAAACAAUAUUGAAAACAGCGUUUUCAAGAUGUUUUUUAUUCUCCGACUCGUCUAUUUCAAAUUAUUAACGCCUCUACACUUUUCGUCUUAGCAACCGAUCGCUUUCACCUCUUUUCCUUUUUAAUGAUAGCAACGUUUUUUUUCUCAUCUUCUAUUUUAAAGAAGUUGUCCUUAAAAAUCACAAAGUUAAGCUUCAUGAUAUUCAGUUUUCAAGUUUUCAAGUUUUCCUUUUUUUUAAAUUUUUUCUCUUUCUAUAAUUUUUUUUUCAUGUUUGAAACUAUUAUCACGAACUUUUAUUGGAGAAGAAUCAUAUGGAGGACAUAAAUUUGAAAAAUCGAUAAUGAGGAACGAAACGGAUGGGAAAUAAGAAGUGUAAGCUUCACUAAGACUGGCUUACGCCGCGUCCCUUCAUCAUUGAAAUUUUCAUUUUUCCCUUUUAAUCAAUAACUUUUUUUUCUCAUCAUUACCAUUUGGAAAAAAGAAAAACUUCAUCUGAACAUUUUUUCAACUUUUUGGAGAAUUUUUUGCUUAUGAAUUGCGUAAUUAUGACUGAUAAAUAACUUUUGAAAUGUUUCUUUCUAUUCCUUUUUACCCAUGGAUGAUUUUAAUAGAAAGAAGGUCGACAAAUGUUGGAAUAGGACUUCUCAAAAAUUUUUGUGACGUCAUUUUGUUCAUAAUAAACUAUUCUUUCAACAGAAAUUCCUUCCUUUGCCGUGUAAAAAGUGAACGAUAACAUUUUUUGUCAAGAGUAGCAAUAAAUCUCAAGAAUUUCGUUGCAAAAAUAUUCCUCCGACCUUUUUUGAGGGAAAUUUUAUUUGAAAGUUAACAUCCAAUCGUUUAUAUCUCUCUCACAAUUUUAAAUUUUUUUUAUACAGAAGAUAAACGUUUACCUCCGUGUUUUUAAGCUGCUUAGCUAAAAAGUUCGUUUUGUAGAGGAAUGAACCACGUGGAUGUGGACCAGGUGCUGGAAGACUAUGCGUGGCAUCAGUUCAAAGACCUUCAGUCUUUGCGGAAGACCCGCCUCGACGACUUCAAGACUCUUGACAAGGACGACUGCGAGUUCGUCAUCGUACGUUUUUCUUUCCAAUUUCGUUUCAAUCUUUCUUCAAUCUUUCUUCACCUUUAUGAAAUUGAAUCAAUGAUUUUAGUCAUCGAAUUAGCAUAAACUGCAACUAUUGUUGUGAGCCCUGCCGUUGUUUCAAACCCUUUUUUUCUUUCUCUGGUUCAGAACGUGUACGUUUUCUCUUUUGUACUAGUACUAGUACAAAAGAGUGAGACAUGUUUCAUUGGCCGCAAUCAGACCAACCUUUCUCGAUUGGGAGGACGUCUCGGAAUGUUUUUGAGGGAGUCAAGUAGAAACGGAACGCUUUAAAGGCUAUUGGAGAAAUUGUGUGUGAAUAGAGCUAUAAUGGGCCGACUAGCCGUCAAAGACUCCACACAACAAAUAGUCAAACGCGAGUCCAAGACCGAGGACUCUCAAGAAUCGGCGUUAACGAGGCUUCUCCUUCUUAUCUCUUCUCUUAUCAUAUUGACCCAAACUUCCACUCAAACCUACGCACAAUUUUCGUGUUCGAAAGCGAGAGAAUGUACGAUAAAAACUUGAUAGAAAAAUUCAGUAUUGUAUACCACUAAUGGACAUUUUUUUUUCCGUUCUUUGAAGGGAUAACCAUGCAAGUUAUUUUUGAAGUAGGCCCGAAAAGGGUUGGAAAUUGGGGUUUAAUAUCACACGGAGGUCGCUUUCCACACUCGGCUCCCGUGAAUAUCGAAUUACCGAGCCUUCGGCGCUGCAUCCAGUUAUAUGAAUCCAUGGAAUGCACAUAUCUGUGAUAAAUUGAAGUAAACGGCCAGCACCUUUGGAGGAAGCAAUGUUCAAGUCGACAUCUACACACGAAACAUGAGUUCUCACACAGAAAGACAUUCCGGAACGUGACCUUGAAAGAAAAAACAAACAGGGAUGCGUGGUUAUCUGAUGCGGCAUCGGCCUUCUCUCCGAGUUGUGUUGCGAGGGAAGAAAGAAUUUCGCGCACAGUGGGGUUUCGUCUUAAUGAGAGACCUCGAAUCCGCAGAUGAUCCCUCAGUCGAAGGUUGCCUGCCAUUCCUUCGGCUGGGCUGAGAACGGCAGUGGAAGUCAACUUCUGUGUAAAAAGAGAAAGAAUAAAAAAGGAACAUCUCUGAAAUCGCCAUACUUUCUUCGCCGAAAAAGACAAGUUGGAUAAUUCAGCUAAUCAUUCAACAAUGAGCUCUUCUGAUUUGAUUAUUUCAUAGGUACGCAAUCCGAAAAUCGCCUCCUCAGAAACAUCUAUCUUCUCAAGUUUUAAAUUGUUCUAAUAACUACUAUUAUUGGCUUCGUGAGUCCUUUCCGUUCUUUCCGCGGGCGACGGGGUUCCCGAGGGAGUCGCUUAGGUGCCAACGAUAAUGCUCGUCGAGCUCAUGCGCUUUCUCUCACACCACUUAACGGAAACGAGGGGUUACUGUAAUUUCAGAGUGAGUCAUUCGUGCUGUCACUGUUUCGCGCAAAUGACGUCACUCUCAGUAUUUCCUCUCUUUCUUAUUUUUUGCACCUUUGAUCACCCGAAUGAUUUUAGUAGAGAUUACGAUAUUUGAAAAAUGAAUCAUCAUAAUUCAGAAGAAAAAAUAAUAGGAAUUGAGAGAAAAAUUAAGUUUGGCUAUUAAAGUUUAUAUUAGAAAUUGCCUCUUUUUUGUAGUUUUUUUCUUUCCUCUCGUUCUUCUCGUCAAAGGGUUCAUACUGUUUCAGAAUAGGAAACACCUCGUAGUGCUGAAUGAGGACCCGCAGUACUCCAAUUUCGCUCCCGCAGGCGCCAAGCCUUAUACUCUCUUCAAGUCCGUCUACACAAACAGUACCAAUAGGUUAACUUUUUUUUUUUGUUUCAUAACUUUUGUGGCCACCCAAGCUUAUAAUUGGAAAAAUGACCAAAAACUCAUCUUAAGGCCACAAGAGUACUCCUUCAAGACGGAAAGGACCACAGAGUCCCUGGUCUCAGUUGCACGAGAACAAGGCUUCAUGAUUGGGACCGAGGCAGAACUCACGCUCAAAACACCUUGUGAGUUGAAUGUUUUUUCGAUUUGACUCGAAAGUUUUGAAUUACAUAAUGAAGACGUACAUUAAAUUAAAAUUCCUAAUAUUUGCAUCUUCUUUUUUAAACAAAAAUCUUGGUACAACUAUGUUUUUGACAAUCGAAAAGAAGCCGUGGGUAAUGUUUGUCCACACUCCUUUUGUUCCAUCUCGCACAGAGGUUGUCCGAUUCGCAAUUUGUGAAGCCUCAAAAGCUGCUUUAAUCGACCAAUAGGCUCUGGGAUUUCCCAUGCGUGCACUUCAUUUCGUUCUUUAUUUAUCUCGAGUGGGAACGGAGCGAAGAACUGCAACGAUUUAGAGUUAUUAUUAAAAAUGUCGAGAUUGAGAAUGGAUAAAGUAGAAGAAAAAGAAAUGGUCAGUUUGGAACGGUUAUUUUUCAGGCGAGGUGGCUGAAAUGAAGGCUGGGUUCAAGCACGAAAUGCACUUUAACAACCUCAGCGAAAACUGCAAAACGGAAGUUUUAACGUGGGGCGUCGACAGCAACGUGCAAGUAGUUGAUUUGAAAUAAGUCAUUUUUCAUUCUGAAUUUUUCCAGGUCCCUCCACGGUAUAUGACAGAAGCUUCCAUAAUAAUAGAAGAGAUGAACUAUCGAGGUUCCUACUCGGUUGUGUCGCGGCUGAGCGGCAACGUCGUUGUUUCUAUCAGAAGGUACUUAUUCAAUUCCUCUCUUAGUAAGCUUUGUUUGAGCUGAUAGGAAACCUCUUCUAUUCAUGAUGCAAAAAAGUAACCUUUCCCAACAUGAAGUUGUACCUUUCCACCAUUUUUUUUUCUGCAAUAUCGAUGAUUUUGCUCUUCACAAAAUUUGAAUAUAUAUGUUACAGGUAAGCUUGCCGAUCUGUAUCGUUUAUUUUUUUGUAUACCGAGAAAUGAAUGAAUAAGGAAUUGGAUCCAAAUUCAAACUUUUCCGGAACAUUAGUCGGUUGCUUCGCGAGUUAUCCGAUUUUGACUUCGAUAAAGGGCGGGGGGAAUAGGAAGUGGAGUUGCGUUCACAAUGGAGUUUUUUUGUCGGUGUUUCAGUCAGAGUCCGUCAAGGCUGCCUCGCCCUUGACAAUGCGAGCCAUUUUGGCAACCAACCGUUGUUUUGUUUGUCGAAUCUGCGCCUCGGACAACUUGUCGCAAAUCGCCAGUCCUAUAGAAACCUCUUUGGAUGCGACUGCCAAGAGAAAAAUUUAAAAACUGAAAAUUUUUUUCUGAAAGUUCAUCUAACAAAUUGUAAAAUUAUAACUUCAAAAGAUGUUUUCAGACGUAAAGACAACGCCUUGGUUUUGCCGAUUCGUGUUGGUAUCGUUGAAGUUUUCCGUUCACAGCUGGAUAGUCCGCAUUGCAAAAAGAAGUCCGUUUUUUUAUUUAAAAAAACGUUAAAUUUUUCUCGGAGAAGAACUACAGAAAAUUGUAGUAUUGGAUAAGUUGUGAACUGAUUUUUUUCAAUUUCCAGAUCAAACAAGUUGUGAGCAUCGAUCAGAACAAAUUUGUCCGUCUCAUCAGUAAAGGAAACUGCCAGUUCCAAGUAAACAAGUUUUUUUUUUCCUAACAUGGGAGGUCAUUUUUGCGUAGGGUUCAGAAUUUUUUAUAAAUUUGCUCAAACAAUCUUUGAUGGACUGGGAAUCGAUCCCCCAUAGUCGCUACCUGCACAAACUUUUUGUUUUGGAGAUAUGAUUUUUCAAAGUUUUUAUCCUUAACCAUGUGACGCCGUUUGGAAGGAAUGUGGCCGCGCCACCAACCACUGCAUGGCAGCUAGGAGCGUAGUGCAGUGGCUAGCGUGUAAGCCUGCGGAGCCUGUGAUGAAGGUUCGAAUCCUUUUUCCGCUAACUUUUUUUUGCCAUUUUUUUUAAAGAGUUUUGGUGAGAAUAUGAAAAUUUCAUGAGUAAAACCUUCCCAAAUAAGUUCGAUAGCUAUUUUUCUUUCAAAAAAAUCGCCACAACUUUAGAAAUUUUUUUCAUAAUUUUUUUGUCCAUCAAAAAAAGGCGAUUUUUAGAAAGAAAUUAGCUAUCGAACUUAUUUGGAAAGGUUUUACUCAUGAAAUUUUUAAUAUUCAUAUCAGAAUUCUUUUAAAAAAAAUGGCAAAAAAAAGUUAGCGGAAAAAGGAUUCGAACCUUCAUCACAGGCUCCGCAGGCUUACACGCUAGCCACUGCACUACGCUCCUAGCUGCCAUGCAGUGGUUGGUGGCGCGGCCACAUUCCUUCCAAACGGCGUCACAUGGUUAAGGAUAAAAACUUUGAAAAAUCAUAUCUCCAAAACAAAAAGUUUGUGCAGGUAGCGACUAUGGGGGAUCGAUUCCCAGUCCAUCGAAGAUUGUUUGAGCAAAUUUAUAAAAAAUUCUGAACCCUACGCUAAAAUGACCUCCCAUGUAAGAGCCAAACGAAAAAUCAAUCGAGGUUGAUAAGAAUAUUGAGGUUUUGUUUUCAGUUCGCGAUGAAGCAGCGGAUCGACCUCAAAGAGAACCCAAUGACGCGAGGCGAUGAGAUAAUGAUUGACUGA